UUCCGUUCCGUGGCUCGGCGGAGAUAUGUGAGCCGCACCCAAACGAAGCGAGUCAUCUCUCUCGCGCUCCCUUCUUCUCUCGGACAGAGGUCCCCCGUUUCUUCCCCUUUCUUGGCUUUCUUCUCCUCACCCGAAUCUCUACCCCAAUUCCUAUGCCUCUCUCCCUUCUCCUCCUCCUCCGUCUCUGAACCCUAAGCCUGGCCUCAGAUUUCUAAACCCUAAAUCCGCAGCCGGCGACGAUGAUGUCCGAUGAUCCCUUCGCUCGCCACCGCGCCUUCAUCUCCGCCUCUGUGAGUGCCCCCUCCUUCCCCACCUUCAACAGCCCCUCCUCCUCUUCCUCCCGCAGCCCUUCGCUUAGCCCUAACCCUAACCCUAACCCCCUCCUCCGCCCCUCCCCAUCCUCCUCCUCCGCCGCCGCCGCGGCCGCGGCCGCGUCGGCCUCCUCCGCUGCCUCCAAGAGCCGCCUGAUCUCUCCUCCGUCCUUCUCCCAUAAUGGCCGCGUCGCUCUCGCCCUCGCCCCUGCAGCCGCUUUCCUCCUCGACCUUGGCGGCGCCCCCGUCCUCACCGUCCUCUCCGUCGGCCUCAUCCUCACCUACCUCCUCGACUCGCUCCGCCUCAAGUCCGCCGCCUUUUUCGCUGUCUGGGCCUCUCUGAUCGCCUCCCAGCUCGCCUUCUUCUUCUCCGCCUCCGUCUACUAUGCCCCUCUGCUUGCCGGGCUCGCGCUUCUCCUCUGCGCCGAGACUACCUUCUUGAUCGGCGUCUGGGCUUCCCUCCAGUUCCGAUGGAUCAAGAUCGAGAGCCCUUCCAUCCUCCCGGCCCUGGAGCGACUCCUCUUCGCAUGCAUCCCCAUCAUCGUUCCCGCGCUCUUCACCUGGGCCACCGUGUCGGCUCUCGGCAUGGUCAACGCUGCCUACUACCUCAUGGCGUAUUCUUGCCUUUUCUACUGGCUCUUCGCCCUCCCCCGCUCUUCCGCCUUUAAGUCUCAAAAGCAUGAGGCCGGUGAAUCGCAGAUACUUGGCCCCUUCGAAGGAUGCCUCCACACCCUCUAUCUCCUAUUUGUGCCGCUUCUCUUCCGCGUUGGUUCUCACCACGCCACUGUCUUCUCCUCUUUCUCAUCUGUAUGUGAUCUCCUACUGCUUUUCUUCAUCCCCUUUUUGUUCCAGUUGUAUGCAUCCAUGAAGGGGGCACUGUGGUGGGUCACGAGGGAUGCCCACCAGAUGCAUCAAAUUCGGGUGGUCAAUGGGGCGGUGGCCAUGGUGGUGGUCGUCAUCUGCCUUGAGGUUAGGGUUGUGUUCCAUUCCUUUGGACGGUACUUGCAUGCUCCUCCCCCCUUGAACUAUCUUCUGGUCACUGUGACAAUGCUUGGGGGGGCAUCUGGGGUAGGGGCUUAUGCUGUUGGUAUGGUGGGGGAUGCUUUCAGUUCGGCAGCUUUUACUGUCUUGUCUGUUCUGGUUAGUGCAGCUGGGGCGAUAGUUAUUGGAUUCCCUGUUCUGUUACUCCCUCUUCCUAUGAUCUCUGGCUUCUACAUUGCCCGAUUUUUCACAAAGAAAAGCUUGACAUCAUACUUUGCAUUUGUUGCAUUAGCAAGCCUGAUGGUUCUAUGGUUUGUUGUACAUAACUACUGGGAUCUAAAUAUAUGGAUCGCUGGUAUGUCUUUAAAAUCCUUCUGCAAGUUGAUAGUCGCAAGCAUAAUCAUGGCAAUGGCUGUUCCUGGCUUGGCACUUCUUCCUUUGAAGUUGCGGUUUUUAACUGAGAUUGGUCUUACCGGUCAUGCACUAUUAUUGUGCUAUAUAGAGGACCGCUUCUUCAACUACACUGUCAUCUAUUAUUUUGGGUUUGAUGAAGAUGUUAUGUAUCCUAGCUACAUGGUCUUGACAACCACUUUACUGGGCUUGGCUUUGGUGAGGAGGUUAUCUGUUGAUCAACGGAUUGGGCCAAAAGCUGUUUGGAUCUUGACCUGUUUGUACCUGUCAAAGCUGGCAAUGCUGUUUAUUACAUCAAAAUCAGUUUUGUGGAUGACGGCUAUUUUACUAUUGGCUGUUUCCCCUCCGCUGCUUCUUUACAAAGAUAAGUCAAAAGGAGCUUCGAAAAUGAAAUCUUGGCAAGGUUAUGCUCAUGCAUCUGUGGUUGCUUUAUCUGCUUGGUUAUGUCGAGAAACAAUUUUUGAAGCUCUUCAAUGGUGGAAUGGAAGGCCUCCAUCUGAUGGUUUGCUUUUGGGUUCAUUUAUUCUCUUGGCUGGAAUUGCUUGCAUCCCAAUAGUUGCUCUUCACUUUUCCCAUGUCCAGCUGGCGAAGAGAAUCCUUGUCCUGGUGGUGUCCAUGGGCCUACUUUUUGUUCUAAUGCAGCCUCCAAUUUCACUGUCAGGGGCAUUGCACUCAGACUUGAUUAAAUCAGCAUAUCAAUCUUCUGAUGAUAUUUCAAUAUAUGGUUUUGUGGCUACUCGGCCUACAUGGCCAUCAUGGCUGCUCAUAGUGACCAUCUUACUUACUCUUGCAGCAGUCACUUCCAUUAUACCCAUUAAGUAUAUUGUUGAACUAAGGGCCUUCUAUGCUGUUGGAGUUGGAAUAACAUUAGGCAUCUACAUAUGUGCAGAAUACUUCUUUGAGGCCAUAAUUCUGUAUCCCCUUCUUGUCUCCACCAUUGUUUGUGCUUCCGUCCUUAUAGUUUUCACACACCUUCCGUCUGCAUCAAGUACGAGGCUUUUGCCAUGGGUAUUUGCUUUAUUGGUAGCCCUCUUUCCAGUUACAUAUUUAUUGGAAGGACAGCUUAGAGCCAAGAACAUAGAAGAAGGGGAAGAAGCAGAAAGGUUCAACACUCUCCUGGCUGUUGAAGGCGCAAGAAUGUCACUUUUGGGCCUUUAUGCAAUGAUAUUUAUGCUUAUUGCAUUAGAAAUCAAAUUUGAGUUGGCUUCAUUGUUGCGUGAGAAGGCUCUUGGCAGAGGUGCACCAACUAGUCAAUUUGACCAUAAAUCAGGCUUCCCACCAAAAUCAAGACUCAUCCAACAGCGGAGGCCGUCAGCUGCACCAUCCUUCACAAUCAAGAGGUUGGCCACAGAGGCUGCUUGGAUGCCUGCAGUGGGCAAUGUCUCCACGGUUAUGUGCUUCAUCAUCUGCCUGAUCCUUAACAUCCAUCUCACUGGUGGCUCAAACCGUGCAAUAUUUUUCCUGGCGCCAAUUCUUCUGCUUCUUAACCAAGACUCCGAUAUAUUUGCUGGUUUUGGUGACAGACAAAGAUACUUCCCCGUGACUCUGGCUAUAUCGGGCUACUUGGUGUUGACUGCUUUGUACAGGAUAUGGGAGGAAGCCUGGCGUGGCAACAUGGGUUGGGGUCUUGAAAUUGGAGGGCCUGGGUGGUUUUUUGCCGUUAAAAAUGCGGCCCUCCUUAUGCUUACCUUGCCGAACCACAUUCUCUUCAAUCGCUUUAUGUGGGACUAUGUGAAGCAGACAGAUUCAGUUUUGUUGCUGACUUUGCCACUAAAUUUGCCAUCAAUUGUGAUAACAGACAUAGUAACGGUGAGGGUUAUAGGGUUGUUAGGAGUGAUUUAUUCACUAAGUCAGUUCUUGAUAUCGAGGCGUAUAAGAAUUGCAGGAAUGAAAUAUAUCUGAGGCUCUUAGACUGCACAAGCUGAGAAAAUCUAAGACAAAAAAGAAAAGAUCCAUCAUGUGGAGGCCUAAUGUCUAUGUAACCCUCAUCUGAAUGCCCAUGGUAACAUGUAUCGUAAACCGCACGUCGCAAAGACAAAUUUACCUCUCUGUUAUUAACAGUUUGGAGUGUGAAACUUGUACGCACUGUUGAGAUCUUGAUUCGAAAUUGUCUUUCUUGGGCAAGCGUGUGAUGAUUUGAAGUAUCGGUUUGCACUGCCAAUUACAGCCCUUUUAAUAAGUAGGUCUUCCAUAGUUCAGAUGUAUGAUGGUGUUCGUAGACGUUAAAUCGAGUGAUUUGCAAACAGACUUUACGGCUAAUACCAAUUUGUCAUAUUUUCUGGUA